CACAAUUACAGUCACUAGUCUUCAAAACCGGAAACGACGUCGCAUAGUGUACCCAUUUUUUCAUUUUUCUCGCUUCGUAUUCCAUCGUUCCCUCUCAUUUCUCAUUCUCUGUUUUUCUUCAUCACUCUCUCACAGUUUCGUACAUUCGCUUCAUCAUGGAACCGCGGCCCAAUUUCGAACCGUUUUUUGGACCGGACGAUUGGCGGAACCGGAGUAAUCUGAACCGGAUGACUAUCUCGGAGCUCGUAUCCGAGCUCCGAGAUACGUUUAUACAGUCAGAUUUCGACGUUGUCGAAGAAACCCUAAUUGCUAGGGAAGCAGCAUUGAAAGGUGAGAUUGAUGAGAAGAAUAAUGAAAUUAAGUUGUUGGAAGAGAAAUUUGAUAUGUUGAUGUUGGAGAAGGUUAGUGUUGAAAUGGAGCUGAAGAGGGUGAAGGAAGAAAAGGGUAAUGGGGAAUUAGGGGUUGGAAGGUGUAGUGGUCAAAUGGUGAAGAAGAGAAAGGUUGGUAAUGGGGUUUCGUGUGGUGGUGGUGGUGGUGGUGGUGGUGGUGAUUUUGAAGGUGGAAGAGUUUUGGUGAAGGAAAAAAGAGGGGUUGGUGAACAAGGCAAGAAAGAUGGUGUAGGUGCUUCAGGGGAUAAUUUUGACAGUGUAGACGAGGCCCUAGUGGUUAGGGAAGCAAUGUUGAAGCAAGCAACUGAAGAGAAGGUGGGGGAACUACUAGAGAAUAAUCAACUCAAGAGUUGGGAAGGGAUCAGUUUUGAGAUUGAGGUGAACACGGUCACAGGAGGAAGGCAUGGAAAGAAGAUUAUGAAGGUUGGGGAGAACGAUAAGUGGUUUGGUUUAGAUGAUUGUAAGGUUGUGAAAUCUGGAGCGGGGCAUGAAAAAUACAAAUUUGAAGGUGAAAACGUUGAGGUUUUGGCCAAGACUCUAGUAGUUAGGGAAGCAAUGCUGAAGGCAGCGGCUGAAGAUAAGGUGAGGGAAUUACAAGAGAAUAAUCAAUUCAACGGUUGGGGAAGGCUCAAUUUUGAGGUUGAGGUGAAGACAGUCACGGGAGAAAGGCGUGAAGAGGAUGUUGGAAAGGUCGAGGUUUUGGCCAAAAAGAACAGAUUUGUUGGUGAACCAGGCAAGAAAGAUGCUCUAGGUUCUUCUGAUACUGAGCGGCUAAGUUCAUCAAGAGCAGUAAAUGCAAACCUUGAAACAAGAUUGGCUAAACUCACUGAUAUAAUAUCAGGUAAUAAUAACAGAGAAGAGCCCUUAGGGGUCAGGGAAGCAAAGCUGAAGGAGGAAAUUGAAGAGAAGAUUAGGUUACUGCACAGGAAGAAUCAAUUUAAGAGCUUGGGAAUACAUGAUUUUGAUGUUGAGGCACAUAAAGUCAAUGGAGAAAGGUGUGGUGAGGAGUUGGUAAAGUUUAGGGAGAACGGUGAUGGGAUUAACGUAGACAAUGGGAAUGUUUUGAAAGCUGAAUUGGGGAAUGAAAGACACAAGCUUGAGGGGGUGAAGAAUAGUGGGGUUGUUGAUGGGGAGGCUUGUGCUGUUGGUGAACUCAAAGGCGAAAAUGUCAAGGAUUCGACUGAAAGGAAAAGAUUGGCUUGUGAACCAAGCAAGAAAGAUGGUCUAGGUUCUUUAGAUACUGGGGAAAAAAGUUCAUUUGGAGCCGUUCGAAGAAACUUUGCAACAAAACUAGCUGAACCCAACAGAAUUUUUAACAGAAAUUCUGCUUCUUCUCUUGGAAUUGCUGCAACAUUGGAUAUCUUGGAAGAAUUGAGUAGUGAUAGUUCUUCCAGUUCCAGCUCCAGUUCCAGUUCCUCUUCUGGAGAAUUUGAUUUCACAUUUUUGAACAGCAACAAGAAGAUAAAAACCAAUGGCGACCAAAGGUAAAUAGACUGGUAAUAUUAGAUAGGAAAACAUACUUGGCACAUAAACUUUUUGUAUGGACCACAUAGAAAUGCCAGCUAGGUAUAUAGAGCAGAAUAGGGAGGAAGGGUAAACAAAGUUGUGGUUUUUUUUUUUGUUAUGUUAGGGUAAACUUUGUAAAUUAUCAAUGCCCUAUUAAAUGGCAAACUUUAGUUGCUCAGUGAUUUCAAUAUUCAAAAAUUGUUACAUUAGAUUCUGAUUAAUUUCAGCGGAGUCAAGUGGUGAUUCAA